AUGGACAUCGUAUUCUUGGGUACAUCAAGUGGAGGAGGGCCCUCAGAGUCCAGGAAUUGCUCAUCGCUCGUAUGCGAUAUGCUUGCCGACCACUCACUUUGGAUGGUGGAUUGUGCAGAGGGAACGACGCGUCAGUUCGCCCUCCAACCUCACAAUGUCAAACCUUCUCUUCGGAUUCAGAAGAUUUCAAAGAUAUUCAUUACACAUAUGCAUGCCGACCAUGUCAUGGGCCUUGUUCCUCUCUUAAGAAACGUUCUGUUUCCCCCAGUCGCUUCAAACUCGAUAUAUGCGGCUCCGAAUCACCCGAAGCGCCGAAUUGAGCUGUAUGGCCCUGCAGGCUUGCGCACCUUUGUCCGCCAGAUUAUGAAAAUGACCUUAACUCGGACUUCUGACGAAUACGUCGUGCAUGAGCUACUAAGAGAAGACGACCAAGUGACGCCCUGCAUCUCAGUAACUGACAACACCUCUAUAACCGACACGAGCGUGAUGCACAGCAGUGAAAUUGCGGGCUCAGACAUCCAAGCCUCACCGGAUGGUCUCUGGCGUGCCAUAACACAAGGCCGAGGAAGGAUGAGCGAAAUAGUCGUGGAUGCAGGCCCUAUUCUCCAUCGAGACCCAUGCCUCGGAUAUGUGUUCUCAGAAGUGCGGUUUCCUUCGAGGAAAAUUGUGAUACUCGGAGACACAUAUGAUCCGUCACCGAUCAUACCUCUCUGCAACAACCCAUCUCCGUCUCUCCUGAUUCAUGAGGCCACGGACUCGCACAUUUCGCACCACGCAGACCCAACAGGCAAACUCUCACGACGAACAGAGAAAGACGUCCUAGAAAAGGCGCUAUCUCGCGGCCACUCGGUGCCGGAGAUGGCAGGAGCCUUUGCCAAACUCAUCGGUGCUCGAGACCUCGUCCUCAAUCACAUUGGCGGAAGGUUCCCGGCACCGCGUAACCCACGAGAUGCCCCUCGCCAGAAAAUCAUGCGCGACAUCGAGAACAAUGCUGCGCGAGCCUGGGGUUCAGGUCGGCGCGUUACAGCAGCGUACGACUAUAUGCGUGUGCACGUUCCGUUCGACGUCGGCAAUCCAAUUCCAAGUUCUUCCACGGAGACCGUUCACGGAAACCAAGAUAUGGUGCAACUGAACAUGUCAAUUUCGGCUCAGGCCUCCGCUCCCGUCGAAGAAGCUGAAGGCAGUCAGGAUGCCGUCGAGGGCAGUGCAAGCUUCGCCAGUACGUCUAAGAUUACCGACUUGACAGUGACAUCUGGUGGGCAUCACCCUGAUGCUCGUGCUGGCCCUUCGCGGUACUCCGUCCGCGGGAAUAACAAGCGACAUAGAAGAUAA